CACUUCCUGUGUGGGGUUCAGAAACUCGCCUCCCCUCCCAGCCUUAGGUGCUUGCUUCGGAAAAUGAAGUAAUAAGCCACCAGGCUCCGCCAUCUUAGGUAGAAUACGACGUAUCCAUCCGGUGAGAGAAUAAUGCAACAGAAAAACCUCUGGAGAGUUCUGGGACUCUGUCUCCUGUCGGUUGGCGCUUGGGGACAGGACGACAGUGACAGCUCUUCAGAAGAGACACCUCCACAGUCAGUUCCACUUAUACGGUAUGGAGUGUCCAUCUCUGGGGACUUGGUAGAGCUGACAUGCCCUGAAGAUUUGAGAGGUGACUCAAUAAAAUGGGAAAAAGAUGGUAAAGACUUAUCCAAUCAAAAUGACGAACAGCUACGCCUGGAAGAAUUUUCAGAAAUGGAAGACAGUGGUUACUAUGCCUGCUAUACAAGCAGCUCACAAGAGAAGAGCUAUCUCUACCUGAAAGCAAGAGUGUGUAAGAACUGCGUGGAGGUGGAUCUAAUGGCAGUGGUCGCAAUCAUCGUAGUUGACGUCUGCUUCACUCUGGGGUUGCUGCUGAUAGUAUAUUACUGGAGCAAGAAUAGAAAGGCCAAUUCCAUGACCGUGAUGAGAGGAACAGGUGCUGGUGGCAGGCCCAGGGGACAGAACAAGGAGAGACCUCCACCUGUUCCCAAUCCAGACUACGAGCCCAUCCGGAAAGGCCACCAGGAUCUGUAUUCUGGCCUGAAUCAGAGAGGCAACUGACGGCUCUUGAGGACAUUCCCUCCGCCCGGCCCAGGUCUGGUUUCUCUGGGUCCUGUUCUUUCCUGGACCCUGAGUAAAUCUUGGACCCCAAGAGAAUUGCUCCCCGGCCUUUUGGAGAACUCCCACCCCACAGCCAUGUCCCCAGCUCCUUCCAUUCUGCCUUCUCUGCCGGCACUCGGUCCUAGAAUAUCGCUGCCACGUUACCUCGUGAAACAUCAUGGCUACUCACCCCCUCACACCUGGACGGGCCUCUGGUCCGGGUAUUUAUUUCUAUGAUUCACCCCCAAUCCCACCCCCCCCCCAUCACUGGUUCCUUCCUUCGCUUCCCCUCUUCCUUGCACAGAAGUUGCCCCCACCCCUAACUCAUCCAUCUACCUUUCCAUUUUCCCAGCUCUCUCUUCAGUGACCCUUUGUGGGGACGGACCAGGUAACUGGCCGAGGUCCUGUCCCGUUCGCAGACCCUGGCCGGGAGCCAGCCCUCUGCGCCCUCCCCCACGCCUUCCCUGCAAGCCCCUGGAUGCUCCCUUGCGCCUUCAUGAAUGCGCUAGGCUCCUUGUCAGCUGAGAGAGAAAAGAAAUAAAGUGUGUUUGGCUGAAAGA